UCAUCUCACUACGCAAAAAUGCAAUAAAUCUAUUUAUUUUUUGGUGUUGAAAUGAAAAGGAAAACAUGGUGAUAAUAUCAUCAUAUAUCACAUGCUUAUUUGACUCCAGAGUUCCCAAAGAUGGAAAUUGAGUAGAGAGAGGCAGGAAAUGCGAAGGCUGCAUUUAUCUUUGUUUGGAAUUAGGGUUUCAGGAGAAUAGGCUUUGCCUAGAUAUUCCAAACCUGCCUCCACCACAAUUGGAACUAAUACUACUCAAGACUUUUAUUGUAAACAUGGACUCAAGUUAUCCAAAAAUUUCAUUUGAAAGAAUUGAUCAAGCAUCAGAUGCUGCUGUAAUUGGGGAAAUCAAAGAGGUACAUGAGGACGACGGAUGGAUUGUUGUUGGUGCAGAAGAAACUGAUGCACGACGAAGAGACAGCGUACCUAGCAAUCAUUGUCCAGCGGUUGAAUCUGACUUUCACGAAUGCCGGCCUUCGAGAAAUCAGAACCAGGAUUCGAUGACUGAGAAUGUAGAAGCUGAGGAAACCUGUCCCUUGAAUCAAGCCUCUCAUUUCCUCUUAGGACCAGUGCAAAUUGAGAAACAGAAUAAAAACUCGCUUGAUGCUACUGCAGCAGUGUCAUCUGAACCAAUUUUGAAGGAAGCUCAAAAUAAUCCUGAGGAUUUUCAACACCAUGGGAUACAUAGACGCAGUCUCCAACUUGAAGAUAAUCCAUAUACAGUAAUAAGUCGGCCAACCCAAAGUCCUUCGAACAGUGGAGCCCCCAAAUCACCUUUGAAAUUACCAUGCACUCCCAUCAAGGGGAAAGAGACCGAGAAAAUCCAGCCUCCGUAUCCUCAAAGUAGGAACAAUACUGUAAAUAUUCCCAAGCCUUCCGGUAUUGGUUUGCACCUGAAUAGUAUCAUCAAUGUUUUGCAAGCUGGGUCUGGUGCUAUAGUACAUACAAAAUCAGCUCAGAGUUUUAACUUCAGCAUACGAGGAAUGAAGUCUACUCCCACAAUCAACUCUCAUCUCUCUGAUACAUCAAAAAGUUCAACAGGAUUCUCUCCGCCGGAGAAUGUUUCAGCAUGCACUGAUGAUAGGGGGCCUAAAAUCCAUGACUCAGCGGCAGUUAAUUCUAUUACAUCUUCAGCUACAGUCAUCAUCAAAUCUUCAAACAAUCUAGUAGAUGACCAAUCAGCUCAAGGUAACAAGAGCGUGUGCACCGAUAUCAAAACUGAUGGCAUUUUGGACGAAUUCAAGUCGAACCCCAAAAAGAAAAGGAAGAGAUUUUCCGACUCCAGUAAUGGUGAUGGUGAUGGUUGCAAACGGUGCCAUUGUAGGAAGAGUAAAUGCCUAAAGUUGUACUGUGAUUGCUUUGCAGCUGGGUUGUACUGUGCUGGAUCUUGUGCUUGCCAAGGGUGCUAUAACAGACCAGAAUACGAGGACAAAGUUCUUGAGUCACGGCAACAAAUUGAAUCACGGAAUCCUCUUGCAUUUGCCCCAAAAAUUGUGAAACACAUCAUCGAGCCAUCUGCAAGCAGUUCUGGGAAUUUUUCACAGGAAGAUGAAACCCUCUUCACACCAUCUUCUGCAAGGCAUAAGAGGGGGUGCAAUUGCAAGAAGUCCAUGUGUCUCAAGAAGUACUGUGAGUGCUAUCAUGCAAAUGUUGGUUGCUCAGUUGGAUGCAGAUGUGAAGGAUGUAAAAAUGUCUUCGGACGUAAAGGAGAAUAUAGCUUGGAGAAGGAUGCCUUGAGCAAAGAAGGCACUUCUGCAACAACAGCGGGCUCAAAUGGUGGUUUAUGUCAUUCCGAGUUGACUCCUCGAACACCAGCAGUACAGUUCAACCACAGAAAGGAUGUUCGAGAAGGAUGUCUGCGUCCCAGGAGGUGUUUCCAGUCACCUGAAUCAGGUGUCACCUCUGCAACGCCAAAUGCCAUGACCCCGUUGUCUCCUAUAAACUCAGACAAUAAUGCCAUGAUUUCAGAAGGUGCUCUGGAAGAUCUGGAUUUAGUAUCUUCCCAGGAGGAAUUGUAUUUUGGUAAUGUAGAAACUCCGGGUGAAUUCUCAACAGUUCGUCACCAAAUUGGCAAGACGGGGAAUCCUCCUGGAGCCAAUCAGUAUUCUUCAGCAGGUUUCCUUAGUUUGCUUUGUUCACCAGGCACCCCCAUGGCUCAGUCUGGAGCAAGUAGACCUCUGAAGGUAGUUGACCUUGAUGGUGAGCUAUGCAACAACACCAUGCAAGAUGAUACUCCGGAUAUAUUGAGGGACAGUCCGGCACCCCCCAAUGCUGUGAAAUCGAGCUCCCCAAAUAAGAAACGUGUUUCCCCUCCUCAUGCCUCACGACAUGAACUUGGUUUGUGCUCUCUGAAUGGCCUGAGAACCGGGCGCAAGUUUAUCCUGAAAGCCGUACCCUCAAUUCCACCUCUCACCCCAUGCGCGGGUUCCAAAAGAGGCCUACCUCAAGAGAGAAACAGCCCUCAAGAUGGUUCCAGCCAUAAGUAAUCAAAACUGAGUAAGGCAAAAGGUAACAUAUUGAAGUUGCAGUUAUCAAGAUAAAGUCUAAAGAAAGCCAUCAGAAGAGCUGUGAAACAUUCAUUCCAUUGAAACAAGGUGAGCUUAAUCAAUUUUCUUCAUCUGAUGAUGCAACUCUUUAAACACCGUGGAUAGAGACGAGCCGGGCGCCCAAGUUCUGUCCAAGAUUCAUUUUAAUGAAGGAAUUUGAACUACAUUGUUGGAUUGUUUGAGAUAUCUUUCCAUAAUUUAUCUUGGAAAUUUAGACCUUUACUUAACUAAUAAAGGCCCCUAGUUGGGAACAAUUGAUGCAA